AGGUAAGAAGAUGGCGGUAGACUGGUGCCAUGGUGGUUGACGGUGCCAGUGCUCCUCGGUGACGGUCGUCGGUUCGAACAGAAUUACCGUGACUAAUUCGCUAAAACGUUUUUCGAAUUUUCGUAAAAGGUAACAACAAACGAGCUCGUCGAUCGUCGACGCAAAAUUCAAGUUAAUCCGAUAAGAAUAUUUAAUUAGAUUCCGAUAAGUGGUCGCGUGCGCGUGAUACUGACAGAUAGUGUUGCAUCGUAAUUUCAAACGUACGUAGGACAGCACGAGGAUCGUACAAAGUACCGAAAUAUCGAUUUCAAACCGAAAUAGAACCUGCAAUAAUUCACGAACGAUAUCUCCAGAGUGAUGCGAGGACUAUCUGUCGCCUGACAAUUUUUCACCCUCGUCAGACGCCGCCUGUAUUAAUUCGAAUCGGGGGUAAAUUCGGCGCUGAUCGCGCUGGCCAUUCUGACGCGGGUGAUGAGAUACGGCGAAAAUGAGGAUCGACCUAGCGGAAGUUGAAGUGACCACGGAGGAGAGCCCGCCUGUCACGGCUGUCACCACCGCUGCCGCAGUGGACGGCAGCAGCAUGGACAGCACAGACGACUACGACGGAGUCGAGGCCGAAUUAACGAGCCUCUCCUGGUUGCAGUCGCUGGAUAUCACCAGCGCGUCCGGCCUACCGACGCCACCCUGCUCGCCGUCGCCACCGCCGGUCGCCCGCCAACCCCCGAAGAAGCUGUCACCCUUGGCCAAGGCCGAACUAGAUCUCGCAGAAAAUGCUGAUAAGUACCGAACGGAUCCCGAUGCGAAGCCGCCGUUCUCCUACGCUACUAUCAUUUGUCUUGCGAUGCGCGCCAACAAUAACAAGGUCUCCCUUUCAAACAUCUACGCGUGGAUCCGAGAAAAUUUCCUGUUUUACAAGUACGCUGAUCCAGCCUGGCAGAACUCGAUUCGGCACAAUCUCUCGUUGAACAAGUGCUUCGUGAAGCUGCCGCGCUCCAAAGACGAACCGGGUAAGGGCGGCUUCUGGAAGCUGGAUCUCGAAAGGAUGGAGGAGGGCAAACGGUCCAGGCGUCGCUCCGCGUUCUCGCAGCGGACUCGGGGCACGAAAAGACAGUCUCCUUCCACGACGGUCGCAACGACGACGACGACGACCACGACGACGAGCACGACGGUGGCGACAGCGACGACGACGCUUAAUGCACUUCACACCGGCAGCAGCUGCACACCGCCCACCAGCUGCCUGUCCAACACCCUGUACGAGACCCCGCCUAGUAGCGUGUCACCCCCCAUCCCGGACAGUCUGUCGGAGGUGCCGGAGUCGACGCAGGUGAGCCUGAGCGAGGACGACUUUACGAGCUUGCUGAUCGCCGGUUGGGAUGAAAAUAAUCAACUGGAACUUCUCGACCUCUUGGACACCCUCUAAACUCCUAAUGUCCACCUUCGCCGCCUCCCCCUCCCCUCCCUCUCUUUCUCUCUCUCUCUCUCUCUUUCUCUCGCAUCUCUCAGGAAUCAUCGUUUCUUCGUACAGAACGGAAGCUGUUAUCCUCGUUUCUCUUGCAUUGCAUGUAUUUCUCAAUUCCCCAUUUUAAAGAUGAAUGACAAAUGGUAUAAGAUAACAGCAAACUCCGAUAAAUUAAAAGCCAUUUCAGUCGUUGAUCAACUCUACUGAAAUUCGUGAUAGCAAUUCGUUUCACACCUCGAUGUUACGAUAAAUCACGCAAACAGCCAUUAUCGUUAAACAAUUGCAUUCACGAGCAUAUACAAGACGCAAAAAUUUGAUUCGAUCGUGUGUGUUUUGUGAAAUAUCAGAUAUUAAUUUCAUAUUCGAAGCGCUCGUGAUUUAUUUGCGGCCGAAGUUAUGAGAACGAAAGUACUGUUAGGGAAGAAAGGCCAGAGAGAGAAAAGCGAGUAUCUUCUUUCUUCUUCCUUGCAACUGCGAGUUAACAGGCGCAAAGAUAUAACGAAUGAUUGUAACGUCGCAAUUUGAACGCGCUUAGGCAUAUGGUCUUGAAACUCCUGUUUCCUCAUUGGAACCGCAUUGGACUGUGACGCGAAAAGCGAAAAGUAAAUUCAUGUGAACCUUUUUUUCUUUACUUCUUCUACAUUUUUAUACAUUGAAGUAGAUUAGUAGUUUUUUCAUAUGCUCCCAUAAUAAGUGUUAUAUAUGUAGAUUGGAACAAUAUAUUGACAACUUUUAUAUUAUUCUGCAUUAAUUUAAUCUGUAAUUCUAUUUACGUAUCGCAACAAAAAUUAACUUGAUGACAAUUGCUCAAACAGUUCACACAAGUUUAUUAAUCAUGAGAAGAGAGGUAUAUUUUGAUCUUUCACAAUAAAAAAAGUUGAUAUCAAUUAUCAAAUUUAACACACUUUACUUAUCUCUGAUUCACUCAAAUCUUUGUGGUAAUAAAAAAAAAUGUGUUAGAAAGCAAUAUAAAUAUUAUAAAAAUUAACAUAAUCCGUGAAAGCAUAUUUCUGCAGCAAAAUAUUUGUAAUGCGUUAAAUUUGCACAUGCAUUUAUAAAUUUAUCUUGAAAUUUACAUCUUAAAACAUUAUUUUUAUAUUAUUUAUCUAGUAAUUGUGUUACUUUAACACUGAGAAAUCACCAUCAUUGAAUAUCAAUUUAAUACAAAAUAUUCAAGUAACAAUCACUUUAUGUUAAAUUAACACUCGGAUAUUUUGAAAAUGCAACACAAAAAUUUAAACAUGAGAAUCAGGGUUUCAACACAAGUACAAAAUAAUUCUUGAUGUGUGUAACAUAUAUAUCAAACGUGUGGGAGUGUAGAAAAAAUUAAUUUAUUCUGUCGUAUAGUACGUAUAUAUAGUACGUACAACUAAUAUUUAAACAUGUAGAAAAAGGUUCACAUGAAUGCGAAUCUGAUACACAAUAUGGCCGCAGAGGAAAUAGUAGAAUUAUCGUCAUCAGCAAUCAUCGUUAUGUAUAAUCAUAACGUAUAAUAACUGAUGUAUAACUAAUGGCAAAACGACUAUUGACUACAAGACAUCGUAAUUCGACUCAAGUAUUAUUAGAUUAUGCUGCGAAAUAUUUGCCAUAAUUGACAGCAUUACAUGAUGAGUGAUAUCAGUGCUUUUGAUAUAUAUUUCGUAAAUUUAGAGACAUAAGCGGCAUUCUUUUCGACGUAAUAAGAAAAAUUUGUUUGUUAUUUCUAAAUAUACCGUUUCUGUGUUUCGUA